UACUGGACAAGGAAGCGACUUUUAUUUAACUUCUUUUUCUAGUCCAGCUUGGCCAACAAACACUUUUCUCAUCUUGGGACAUUUUCUUUUCAGUCUUUAUUAUGCCUUUAUUUGCCCAAAACCCCUUUGACCAGGAUGUGGAUGAAGACAGGCUCACUUUGAAGACCUGCUGGGUCAUGAUCAGCUGAUUGUCAAAGAAGGCAACCAAUGAGACCAACACAACCGAUGACUGGGGGCUCAUUAUGGACAUCUGCGACAAGAUCGGGACCACACCCAACGGGGCCAAGGACAGUCUGCGCUCCAUCAUGAAGAGAGUCAACCACAAAGUGCCUCAUGUCGCCCUGCAAGCCCUCAACCUGCUGGGAGCCUGCGUGUCCAACUGUGGCAAAAUAUUUCACCUGGAAAUUUGCUCCAGGGAGUUUGCCAGCGAAGUGCGGAGUGCUCUCGGCAAGGCUCACCCUAAAGUGUGUGAGAAGCUGAAGGCUCUGAUGGCGGAGUGGGCAGAAGACUUCCAGAAGGAUCCCCAGCUCAGCCUCCUCAGCGCCACCAUCAGGUCUCUGAAGGAGGAAGGCAUCACCUUCCCAGCAGCGUCCUCGCAGGGGUCCAGUGUGAAGGUGGGCGCUCCCGCCGCCAUCAAAGCCUCGGACGACGACGACCUGGCCAAAGCCAUCCAGCUGUCUCUGCAGGAACAGAAGCAGCAGAGCGACCUGCGACCCCCGGCGCCAACCGCCGACCCCCCGAGCUACAGCAACAGCGUCAACGGCCAGGAAGUGCGUAAGGUGCGAGCGCUGUACGACUUCGAGGCAGCUGAGGACAACGAGCUCACCUUUAAAGCCGGCGAGGUCGUCCUGGUUUUGGACAGCAGCGAUCCCAACUGGUGGAAAGGGGAGAACCACAGGGGUGUGGGCUUGUUCCCCUCCAACUUUGUGAGCACCAACCUGACCAGCGAAGCAGAGACAGUGACCUCAGCAGAAACCAGCGUGAGUGAAGAGGACCCCGGCCUGGAAGACAAAGCGGACCCUGAGCCCAUCUUCAUCGACGAGGGGAAGAUGGACAGAACCUUGGCGCUGCUGCGGAACGCCGACCCUGCGGACCCCACUCCGGACUCCCUCGAGCUGGUCCAGCUGGAGGGUGCGUGUGAGCAGAUGAACCCCAUGAUCGACGACAGGCUGCAGGAGAUCGACAGGAAACACUCCGAGUUGUCUGAGCUCAACCUGAAGGUUCUGGAAGCUCUGGAGCUUUACAACAAGCUCAUGAACGAGGCGCCGCUCUACCAGGCCUACUCCAAGAUGGCCCAGUAUGGCCCCGCCCCCCCUGCGGCCGCCAUGCAGGCCUACGCCCCCCCCUCCUACCUGCCCCCGCCGCAGUCCUACAGUCUGCCCAGCGACCAGCCGGGGCCGCUGCAUUCUCUGGGCCCCGCCCUUCCGGCCCCGCCCACCUACAUGGGCAACGCACAUCACUUCAUCACCCAAGCACCUUACCUGCCACAGAUGGGCGUGACCAUGGACAUGUCGGCCUAUCAGAGCUCAGGAGGGACACCUGUGUCCUACCCAGCUCCUGCCGCCCCCCCACAGCAACAACAACAUCAACAACAACAACCACCACAGGGGGUCUACUAUCAGCAGCCCCUCCUCUGAAUGUGCGUGCGUGCGUGUGCGUGCGUGCGUGCGUGCGUGUGUGCGUGCGUGUUUGCGUGUAUGCGUGCGUUCGUGCGUGUGUGUGUUUUCAGACUUGAGUCUGGGCCUUUUUGUCUUCAGUGGGAAUAAAUGCUGAUGAUUUGUUGGAGGACCCGCCCUCGGUUGUCAUGACUUCCUGUAAGGAAGACACGCCCCUUUUCCAAUCUUCUUUUAGUUGUAAUAUCAAAGUGUCCAAAGUCCUCUUCCUACUUCCUGCGUGCAGCCAAGCCCCGCCCCCUACUGACGUGUGCAGUCAAGCCACGCCCUCUUACUGGGUCUUUAUGCUUUCCUUGUUUGUGUGUUUCAUGCGCGUCUCAUCUGUAUUCCAUGUGUUUCAUCUAUGUUUCAUGUGUGUUUCAUCUGUGUUUCAUGCGCGUCUCUGUGUUCCAUGUGUGUUUCAUCUAUGUUUCAUGUGUGUUUCAUGCGCGUCUCUGUGUUCCAUGUGUGUUUCAUCUGUGUUCCAUGUGUGUUUCAUCUAUGUUUCAUGUGUGUUUCAUGCGCGUCUCUGUGUUCCAUGUGUGUUUCAUUUAUGUUUCAUGUGUGUUUCAUCUAUGUUUCAUGUGUGUUUCAUCUGUGUUCCAUGUGUGUUUCAUCUAUGUUUCAUGCGUGUUUCAUGCGCGUCUCUGUGUUCCAUGUGUGUUUCAUUUAUGUUUCAUGUGUGUUUCAUCUAUGUUUCAUGUGUGUUUCAUCUUUGUUCCAUGUGUGUUUCAUCUAUGUUUCAUGUGUGUUUCAUGCGCGUCUCUGUGUUCCAUUUGUGUUUCAUCUUUGUUUCAUGUGUGUUUCAUCUAUGUUCCAUGUGUGUUUCAUCUAUGUUUCAUGCGUGUUUCAUGCGCGUCUCUGUGUUCCAUGUGUGUUUCAUCUAUGUUUCAUGUGUGUUUCAUCUGUGUUCCAUGUGUGUUUCAUCUAUGUUUCAUGUGUGUUUCAUCUGUGUUCCAUGUGUGUUUCAUCUGUGUUCCAUGUGUAUUUCAUCUGUAUUUCAUGUGUGUUUCAUCUGUGUUCCAUGUGUGUUUCAUCUAUGUUUCAUGCGUGUUUCAUGCGCGUCUCUGUUCCAUGUGUGUUUCAUCUAUGUUUCAUGCGUGUUUCAUGCGCGUCUCUGUGUUCCAUGUGUGUUUCAUCUAUGUUUCAUGUGUGUUUCAUCUGUGUUCCAUGUGUGUUUCAUCUAUGUUUCAUGUGUGUCUCAUCUGUGUUCCAUGUGUGUUUCAUCUGUGUUCCAUGUGUGUUUCAUCUGUGUUCCAUGUGUAUUUCAUCUGUGUUUCAUGUGUGUUUCAUCUGUGUUCCAUGUGUAUUUCAUCUAUGUUUCAUGCGUGUUUCAUGCGCGUCUCUGUGUUCCAUGUGUGUUUCAUCUAUGUUUCAUGCGUGUUUCAUGUAUGUUCCAUGUGUGUUUCAUCUAUGUUUCAUGUGUGUCUCAUCUGUGUUCCAUGUGUGUUUCAUCUGUGUUCCAUGUGUAUUUCAUCUGUGUUUCAUGUGUGUUUCAUCUGUGUUCCAUGUGUAUUUCAUCUAUGUUUCAUGCGUGUUUCAUGCGCGUCUCUGUGUUCCAUGUGUGUUUCAUCUAUGUUUCAUGCGUGUUUCAUGCGCGUCUCUGUGUUCCAUGUGUGUUUCAUCUAUGUUUCAUGCGUGUUUCAUGUAUGUUCCAUGUGUGUUUCAUGCGCGUCCCAUGCAUGUUUCAUGUGUGUGUCAUGUGUCUCUCAUGCAUGUUUCAUCUGUGUUUUUUAAGUGUGUUCCAUCUGUUUCAUGUGUGCUCCAUGCAUGUUUCAUGUAUGUUUCAUGCAUGGUCCAUGCGUGUUUCAUGUAUGUUUCAUGCGUGUUUCAUGCGUGUUUCAUGUAUGUUCCAUGUGUGUUUCAUGCGUGUCUCAUGCAUGUUUCAUGCGUGUGUCAUGUGUGUCUCAUGCAUGUUUCAUCUGUGUUUCAUGUGUGUUCCAUCUGUUUCAUGUGUGCUCCAUGCAUGUUUCAUGUAUGUUUCAUGCAUGUUCCAUGCGUGUUUCAUGUAUGUUUCAUGCGUGUUCCAUGUAUGUUUCAUGCGUAUUUCAUUUUGUUUCAUGCGUGUUUCAUGUGUGUUUCAUGCGUGUUCCAUGCGUGUUUCAUGCGUGUUUCAUGUAUGUUUCAUGUGUGUUUCAUGUAUGUUUCAUGCGUGUUUCAUGCAUGUUUGAUGCGUGUUUCAUGUGUGUUUCAUGCGUGUUUUAUGUAUGUUCCAUGGGGGGAUCCAUUCCAUCUCAUUCCUUGGGUGAUGAUUCGAUUCUGAAUCGAUUCUCAUGUCAACAUGAUUCUCGAUUCUAACCGAUUUUCACUAUGUAUUGUUUGAUAUGAUAUGGUAUGAUAUGUUUGUAUAAAUGUAUACCGGUAUGUAUGUAGAUGUAUACAUAUAUAUGUAUGUGUAUAUAAAUGUGUAUACAUGUGUGUGUAUAUACAUGAAUAAAUGUAUGUAUAUAUAUAUAUAUAUAUAUAUAUAUAUAUAUAUGUGUGUGUGUGUAUAUAUGUACAUGUAUGUGUGUGUAUGUAUAUGUACAUAUAUGCUAGAGUGCGUGUGUGUAUGUAUAUUCUAAUGUCUAUAUGUAUAUUUUAAAUCAUAAUUUUCAAAAAUCUUUGUAAAAAAUAACACAUAUUGAAUAGAACAACAUAUAUAUAACAUACACAUAUAUAUUUUUUUAAAAUCGAUUUCUGAAAAUGUCAUAAUUUAAUAAUUUUCAAAAAUCGAUUUAAAAAAUAUAUAUUGAUUUUUGAAAAUUCUGAAUUUUUGUGUAAUCAAAAUGAAUAACAAUCAAUAUAUGGAUUUUAAUUAAUUUUUCAUGCACCUCUAUUUCCAUGUCUGUAUGUUUGAUGUAUAUUUUCCAUGUACAGUUGCACCUUAGCAUAUGAUAAUAAUUGUUAAUAUUUACCACUGGAUGCCUUGUUGACCUGUAGGAACACAACACACAGGCUGCUUGUGUACAGAAAUAAUAUCUAUAUAUAUGUGUAUAUAUAUAUAUAUAUAUAUAUAUAUAUAUAUAUAUAUAUAUAUAUAUAUAUAUAUAUAUAUAAACUCUUUCAGAAAGUGUUCUUUAUGCACAAGUUGUUUUUAGGACGAGAGCAAAGUUUGAAGUAAAAAUGUUUGGCGUAAAAGCAGCUGUCAGUCACGUGUCAUGUUUGGAGGUGAAGAUGGCGACUAAUCAUGUUUUCCUCACUAAUAAUGUUUUCCUCAUCACUAAUUCAUGACCUCUGACCUUCUCGGAGACCCCACUGCUCUCCGCAGGAUCCUCAAUCUGCUCCCAGCUAGUCACUCUGCGGCUUUGUUUCUACUAAAAGUAUAUUUUGUAAAUGUUAUUGCCGCCAUUUUAUUGGACUUUUCUUCCUGCGACUUUUGUCACUUGUUUGUGUUGCCUUCAGGUGUCCUAGGUAAAGUCUGGAAUAUUACAAAUGAUUUUCACAUGUCAAAAUGUGUACAUUUUGUUCAGGACCUCUAAAAAUGUGGAGAAUUUCUGCUAUUUUACGGUAAUUAAACAUAUUUUUAUCUCGA